UCACAUCGAAGUCUUUUUUUGUCCACCUAAAAAAAAUGGUUUCGAGUGUUUCGCUUUCUUUACUCAGCGGUGGUUGCGGAGCUCUCCAGGCACGCUGCGCACGCACUGCGUAUGUUAGCCCACGAGCAGCGCCUCCUAGCAAACCAGCGCCUCCUACGUUUUCACUAUCCGGCGCCUCUCGUAGGAAUAUUUUAUUUUCUUUAACGGCAGCGACGGUGGUGACGGGACUUCAGCCGGCAUCAAUGGCGGAGGAUAUUCCGUUUUUCGGUAUAAGAAAGAAGCUGAAGAAGGCAGAAGAAGAAGCGGUGGAGAUCGUUAAAGAAGGUUUCGAGACGGCGGAGAAAGGGGUUGAUGCGGCGGAGAAAGGAUUAGCAGCUGCGGAGAGAGGUGUAGAGACGGCGGAGAAGGAAAUCGUGACGGCGGUUAGUUUUAAUGGAUUGACACAGGCUGGAGCGGUCGUGGCCGCUGAGUUAGUCGGAGUUCUUGUUGCCACGUCAGUGGUCAAUGGGAUUUUAGGACCAGAAGGUCAGAAAUCGUAGGAUUGAAAGAUUCUAAUGUACUUUUUGUGUUGGAAAUUAAAGAAAGAUUUGUCUAAUUUUUUUUGGGUUAAUCAGGUUUUGAAAAAGAUAGAAAGUAUGUGGUCUAUUUUGUUUCCGUUUUCAUUUUUAUUUCCAUCGAAAGUAACUAAAUUGUGUGGCUCAUAUUAUAAAAUAUACAUAGCUAUUAAACGUUUCAA